UUCUCAUUCAUCAGCGCCAUUAGUACUAUGGUGCCAACUCUUCUUGCCCUCCCGCUCGAGCUGCGAGAGCUCGUUUACCAACAGUUGUUCAGUACCUAUACUGUACGGCACGGCUUUGGUCGCGUUUCCUUAUCAAACCGUGCCGCAAUCCUCCAAACAUGCAAGCAGAUCCAUCACGAAGCGCGGCGAUUCCUCCCCUUGAGCGUCCAAUUUGAAUUCCACGGAACCGAGGCGUUGCUUGGGACUUUACUGAGUGUCGAUCAAUCAGUUGUGACGCGGAUACGUCAUAUAUCAGUUCGAGCAUUUCCGUUCCCCUUGUACGCCGAAGGCAGAGUUGACUAUUAUCCGACGUAUUACUUCAAUUAUGCUCUCUCGUUACUCCCGGGUCUUCAUCUAGACAGGCUCGUCGUCGAGGACUGCUUCCAUGGCUUUGGUUUGGUGGAUAGCUGGAGAGAUGUGGUGACUUAUUUUGAUAUAGAAGCGCUGCUCAAGAGUGAUGGAUGGAGGGAACUUGUUUAUAUCACGCCCAACACUGACUUUAUUACCUCUGGAUACGAUCAUAGGCGCAAGAGAGUGGCCCAACCAGAAAAUUGGAAUGCACUACUACAGAAAAGAGAUGGAGAGGUCUCAGGCGCAGAGGUGCAAAUGUUCAUUGCUCCUUACAAGAAACCCUCUUCCGAUGUUACACAAGACGCUGUUGCCCCCCAGCCGUGGUGCGCCCAACCAGGCCACGAAGUGAUUGAGAACCCACAGAUAGCCGAGCCUGAUCAAGAGCUCAAAGGCGAAGUUAGGGUUGUUGCACGUAGAGGGAAGAGAGCCAGAUAUGUCCAACUCGGACUGUCUGAGAAGAAGACCUGGAAAGAGCUCAAAGGCAAAGCUGGAGGGUUCGUUAGGGAAGAUUGGGACCCCUACUAUAACAACACGGCCGAUGCUGUAGGCUGGAUAUACGGUGGAUGGGGCAGGAGGAUGCAUCUAGCCAACAGAGCCUUGAAUAUUUAGAAUCCUACACUCCUCCAUGGCCGCCAAUCCGGGACGAUCAGGAGUUUUUAUUCUUCCGAGAUCUUGG